AUGGCGGACGGAGCGAUCGGAAACAAUUCUAAGUGGACAGCUGGGAUUAUCAUCAUAGGAGACGAGAUCCUAAACGGUCUUACCAAAGAUACAAAUUCUUACUAUCUCUAUAAGAAAUUAUGGUCCUUAGGAGGCAAGAGUUAAAGUGGGAAAAGUUUCUGUGUUUUCAGACGACGUGGAGGAAAUUGCCCACGAAGUAAAACAAUUCUUUGACGAGGAUCUAGUUCUUAAUGAUGAAUUAGUGGAACUAAUUUCGAAUUCUUAUCAGCAUGAAAUUAACUCGCCCCAUUUGAAAAUGGCUCGUGUUCCUUCGUCAGUGAAACUGGCUUUUGGAAAAGAUCCCUCGGGAAAACCGAGCUGUUUUCCACUCAUAUCUGCAAAUAAUGUGACCCUUGCGAAAUGGCUCUUGGAAUUCCUAGGAAUUUAUUCCUAGGAAUUCCCAACCAUAACAACUCUGGUUCUAAAAACCUAGAAAUUCCUAGAAAUUCCAGAGAAAUUCCCAGAAAUUCCCAGAAAUUCCAAGUUUAUAGCCAACAGGACUUGGAAUUCCUAGGAAUUCCAACUCAGAGAACCAAUGACUUUCCCUGAAAAGCUGUAAAUCUAAAAAAUUCCUAGGAAUUUCUGGGAACUUCUGAGAAUUUUUGGGAAUUUUUAGGAAUGUUUAAGAAUUACUGGGAAUUUUAAGCAAAAAUUUGAGGUUAAUGAUAUAAAAUAAAUACUUUAAAUUAAAAAAACCCAGCUAAAAUUCAAGUAUUCAAUGAAAUUUAUUUAGAAGUCUAAUUAAGGCUUACAUGUAAAAUAUUUUUGAUUAAUUACUAACAUCAAUGUGUGGUAAUAUUAGGAUGGAAUUUGUUUUAUUUUUCUUUCCUUGAAAACUUCAUACAGAUUAAUCCUCAAUUACAGCUAUUCAUAUAAAAUAGUUCUAAUCAAUCAUUAAAUUUGGUUUGACACAAAUUGUGAAUAAAAUCUGUUGAUUCUCUUCCAUAAAAUACAAUAUCUUAAGUUAUAUUUAUAUAGUUAUAUUCUUGGGAGUGAAGGGGCUAAUUACAGACAAAUAAAAUUGAUUUUUUGAUUAAAAUCUUGUUGUAACUGUAACAAUAAAUUAGAAUGAAGUUAUCCUAAACUGCAAACUUAGCUGCUGUUUAUACUGUUUGUAUUUUUUUUCCUGGGCUCACAAUGAGUUGGCCUUGAACGAGGUUGUCAACAAGAACCUUGACCAUUUUGUAUCUGGAUUCCUUGACAUCUGAAUUUGAAAAAAAAUAAUAUAUUAAAAUAUGUAUGUUUAAAGCUCAGACCAGGCUUUUAAGAUGGCUAUGAGGAAAAGGGCAUUCAUUGGAUUCUCAAAUUGAGAAAUCUCUGUUAUAUUGAGUGACUUUUAUAUUGGAGUUAGUACAUCUCUCUCGUGGAUUUUACUAAAAAAGGGCUGAAUACAUUAUUUUGUUUUUACCAAGGAGGGCUUCUUUAUGUACUAAGGUUUGUUAUGAAUCUUGAAUGUUCCCAAACGUGACUAGAGGAAUCUUGAAACCUUGCUGAUGGGUUUAUUUCAUUGUAAAGCAUAAGCUUAAGAAACUGCGGCAUGCAAGUGACCGAUUCGAUUCUCAGAAUUAUUCUAGUUUCAGUUGCGCCGAGCGUUAUGUAAGCUUAACUCAACCCGCUACAUCUAUUCUUUUAUAAGAUUUUGAUCACGUAAUGAAUAUCGCAAUUUUUACUCACCACAAACUUUCAAAAUCGUAGCUUUACAAAUGGCCACUCGACCCUUGUUUGUACCAGUCCAUAUGUCAACUGUUGUCCCUUCUUUUAACUCCACGGCGCCAACGAUUUUCUUCUCUUUUACAACACUCACGCUAUUCUCGUUUUCCCAUUGAACCACAAUAAUAGCUAUCUUUAGAAAUGUUAUAUUAAGCAAAACAGUUGAGGAAAGCGAUCAACCGAUGAAAAGUACAUUCAAAGAUGAGCGCCAAAUGGAGUCUUCUUUGUUUCCGAUCACGGGCAUGAUCACGUGGAUCUUUUAGGACUUGUCAUUGGCUAGCAAAGUGAAUCCGCUGGCUUGCCGAUUGCAGUGUUAAGAGAAGCGCCCAACAUUAUUCUGACUUCUCCGACCGGUUCUCGGCUUCCAGAAGAUGGAUAGCUUGGUGAUAUAAAUAAAGAUGUGAGCUCACUCUAUGUAGAAAUAAUCGACAAGAAUCGAUCGUAUUACAAAUGCACGAUUUGUGGCCGAAAGUUGUCGAGGAAACAAAGACUCGAAACUCACUUGAGUUGUGUUAAUGGCAAAGGUGAGAAAUAACACAAGCCAAUCACAGUUUUGAAUGCGACUACAAAUCGUCUUUUACCCUCAUAUUUAUAAAAGAAGGAUACCACAUUCGGAAGUAUAAGAGAUACAUAGAUGAUCCCAGUGUACCAGUACCUAAAUCUACAAAGCUUGACCGUAGCAAGCGUUCAGCAACACGUUCCAACACCGCCAUCUCGAUUCCUCAGUCAGUCGUUUCCACUGAACUUAAAGCAGUAUUGACAACAGAGUAGAGUGCGUCUUACAAAGGAGAAACAUUUGUACAAGAGACAGGAGUAGCUAUAUGCGAUUACAGAGGUGCGUUGGAACUCUGGUCCACAAAUAGUUAUGCACUGCCCGAAGUAUAAAACAAUUUUGUUGAUAGCUGACAGACAGAGAAGAACAACAAGUAAACUUAAGAGUUGUUAUUAUUGAAGUGUGACUAGCACUUUUCAUUUUUAUAUAAAGAAGGACUUGUAAUUGGCACCAAAAAUAAAAAGAUGUAAUAUUUUUUUGGGAGAUCCAGUGAUUGGGACAUUUAAGAAAUUAAGUUAUGAAAAGAAACUUGGUUGGUACUUCUCACUACUAACAAGUCUUGUUGACAAAUAUUUUCAGAUCAGAGUUUCAAAUAAAGUAAAUUGAAGACGUCAUAUAAAAGGUGUUUUUCCUCAAAGGGAACAUUGAUUACCUCUGUCUUGUCUGCAUGCCAAAUGUUUGCAAAGUGUGUGGAUGAUCCACAAGUAUUGGAACUCUUACAAAAAUGUUUUGUAAGAAUAAAAACAGCAAAACAAAUUACAGCAAUUAGUCAUGAAAAUAGAGCAAAAAACUGAAAAAAAAAGCAGCAACAACAAUCAUGAAAAAAGAAAGAUUAAUUAGGUGUUGAAUAUGUUUGUCUAAGGCAUGAAAUUUCUACUAAAAGUAUUGUCAACAAAAAGUCUCUGACAGCGUUUGAGGCAACUGAGCUUGACUGUUCCAAGGUUUUCUAACAAAGGCAACCAGUAAUGUAGGUUAGGGAAGUAAGAUAACAAUGUAAUUAUUGUUAAUUAUUGUGGAAGUUGGCAAUUUCCAUUUAACAUAACUGACAGCUGGUUCAUGAGAAAAUCCAUAUUAAUGUAAAGAUUUACUAAAACUUAGUUUGAGUAAUAAAUUUCAUGAUCUUUAAGUUAUAAACAUGUACAUGUAUGUAUAUCUCUUGGUAAGUUUUGUAUAGUAUACCUUUUAUUGAGCCAAAGUUUUAAGCCUCUGAAAUUACUCUUUUUCUUAAAACAUUCACAUUCAAGGUAUUGAGAAUUUCUUAGAAUUUAUGUGGACCUCAGGGUAUUAAAAUUGCCUCAAAUUCAAUUCCCAGAAAUUCCCAAGAGUUCCACACUUCUUAAAUUAUAGGUAGUUUGUAAAGCUGAGAAUUCCUAGGAAUUCCGAGGGAUUCCAAGUCCUCACAAAACUGGAGUCUUCCUUUCCCAGAAAUUCCCAGUAAUUCCAAGCUUUUUAAAUCAGAGUUAAUUUGCAUAGUUGGGAAUUUUUGAGAAUUCCUAGGAAUUCCUAGGAAUUCCUAGGAAUUCCCAGAAAUUCCCAGAAAACUGGGAAUUCAGUUUGCAAGGGUCAUUUGCAUAAUUGGGAAUUUUUGAGAAUUCCUAGGAAUUCCCAGAAAACUGGGAAUUCAGUUCGCAAGGGGACUGUAUGCUUUUCUUGGAGUGCCGCAGUUCUUGGAAAAGUCGUUUAGCCUUUUGGAAGAUAUUCUUUUGAUUUCUAACCGCGAGAAGCGGUUUCUGCUGCGAAAUAUUUAUCUUUCAGUAGAGGAGACAGACAUUGUUUCCAUUCUGGAAACAAUGUCUGGGUGCUCCAGUUUCAGAAUGUAAGUUUUGUUUCAGAACAAUUAACAGUAUAUUUAGAUUAGUGAGUAGGGGGUUAUCAUGACUGCAAGUUCUUUUCUUUAUGUUUAAUGGAAUGAGAUUAAAAUAUCUUGCCUCCCAGGUUGAAAAGAAUUCAUCUUACUUGAUCAUGGGAUGAGCCUCUAACAAUUUUUUUUGACUGUAAUUGCAAUGAACAUUGCAGUGAUUUAGAGAUUAAGUUUGUUAUAGAAGUCAGUCAUGACGUGUGCUAGCCCUGUAAAAGACUCCUGACUGUGUUUGUGCCAAUAAGGCUUUGAAAACCUCUGCAGAAGUCAUUAUAUACUUAAGUUGAGUGAAUAGUCAUUUGUUAGUGUGGGCGCAGUUGAUCGAAGGGCAGAUAAAGCUAUCCAACAGAUAAAUUACUAUCCAAUGAAUAAGUGGUAACAAAAUGUACUGCACUAUAUCCAUCAGGUAGAGAUUUAUCUAUUGAACAGCAUUAUCCAUCCUUCAAACAAUUGGGGGUAGAUGUCUUAAGCAGCAUCCAAGAGACCUUUUACAUUGGAGAUCUCAAAUAAAUUCUCCUUUCUUGCUGUGUUACAUUUUUAGUAAUGUUAACUGUGAGAAUUUGGAGUUAAAUCACAAAGCACUCCCUUCAUCAAGGUUGAUAAAGGAAAUUCAUGGAGGAAAAGGGUUUGAGAAUCUGUCACAGUAACCAAAAACAGUCCCUUUGUGGAUAAACUUUACAUGGACAAUCACAGUGAAGGAGCGCUUGAUACUGUAAUUUCUCCUCUCUUUCCCAAGAUCUGAAAAUCAGUUCUCCUCUCUGUCUCUAAUAAGUCUUAUAUAAUUGUAGCUCUGAGAAUUUGUUGUUUAAUCAAACAAUACACUCUUCAUGAUAUUUCACUUUUUUCUCAUCAUGUUUCUGACUAUGUGAAAUUGGAGGGCUCAGAGCAAGAACGAUCCCUUGAUUUUUCGGCCAUUUUUGAAAGUGUCCACAUGCCAAAAUUCAACUACUUCUGAACACUUUCAAAAAUGGCCGAAAAAUCAAGGGAUCGUUCUUGCUCUGAGCCCUCCAAUUAUUGUAAGGAGAAAUUACCAAAUGGCCCUCACAAUUCUUACAUUGAGGAGUCUCUAUCCUUUCUUUCGUAAGAUCUAAACAUAAAUUCUCCUCACUGUCUUUGAUACAACUAUAGUAAUUGGAGUUCUGAGAAUUUGUCAUGUAAUCAAACAGUAUCAUCUUAUUGAUAUUUAACUUUCUUCUCAUAACCUUUCUGACAGAUGAUGUACCAAUAUUGUAAAGAGAAAUUACUCAUUGGCUACUCUCAGAAGUAAAAGGGUUAACCUUCUCUCCACUGGAAAAAUAAUUAAUAUUAUAAUAACCUAUUACUAUAUUUUAGGUCCACCUGGCCCUACCUCUCUAAACAAGGAUACUAAGCAGGAUGUGAAUGUGGAGAUACUGCAUCCAUGAUCCUGGAGAUGAAUCAAACACAAUUGCUUGCCUCAAAGGUGCCAGGGCUAUUAUAAAACAGACACUUCAGCUGUGUUCUCUUGAUGAGCUGAGCAUCAGUUUCAAUGGUCAAAAGGACUGCACUGGGUUACUCUGCCUUUUGCAUGCUGCAAUGAAUAAAUUAUCACUACCUGCCCAAGAGCUAAAGGCCUUAUACUUUCUCUGCAAGUCACAAUUUCCACAAGCAGAAGGGUUCUUGAACUCUUGA